AUGCUUUAUCAUAUUGCGUUGGAUAAUGUAGAUGAGACCAAGUUCGAGAAGGCGAACAGUUUCAACGCGUUAUUGCUCAACAUCGACGCGGAGCUGGAAGAUUCUACAGUGGACUACGACCGCGUACUCCUUGUCAAUUAUGAUGUGGAUGAACCGGAUGAAGAAUCACCAGAAGGACGAGUUUUGGAUAAAGAUAGCUGGUCUAGUGAAGUUAAGAAGCUGUUCCCAUUCCUAUUCGAACAGGAGUCGGCUAUUGAAGGAAAUGUCAUGGCUGCUACCAACGCAUAA